AUGGCCCAUACAUAUAGAGGAGGAUAUGGGGGUUACGGAGGUUACGGGGGAUUCGGUGGAUAUGGUGGAGGUUACGGAGGAUUCGGUGGAUAUGGCGGAGGUUAUGGAAGAAUAUACGGUGGUCAUGGUCUAGGUGGAUAUGGAGGCGGCUAUGGUGGAUAUGGAGGCGGCUAUGGAGGAUACGGAGGCGGAUAUGGUGGAUACGGAGGUUAUGGCGGAUACGGAGGAGGCUAUGGGGGAUACGGCGGAGGUUAUGGUGGAUACGGAGGUUAUGGUGGAUACGGAGGCGGCUAUGGUGGGUACGGCGGACGCUAUGGUGGACAUUUUGGCGGAUAUAGAAGAGGGAAGUACUAA